AUGGUCUAUUUGGUUCCCAAGUCUGCGGGUGAUGAUUGCGUGAUUCAGAGGGACCGUUGCAGAGAGCUACUUGUCUUUUGGUGCUUUGACGUUUACAAGAUCACAGCUAUGAUUGCUAAGAUUUCGUGCAUAUGGCUGUCAUUGUGUGCAGGCUAUUCAACAAGCUACUUGUCUUCUGGUUCUUUGGGAUUUUCAUGGAUACAGCUGUCAUUGGAUGUCAACAUCUUUUCGUGCAUAUGGCUAUCAUUCGGUCAAAGAGCAACGUCGACAGCAUCCUUCAGUGUCAGCUUGCCUUAUUACAUCGUUCGAUGGUUUUCGUUACUGUACCACCUAUUGGACACUUCCUUUUAUAAGCAUCUGCAGCGGCAAGGCAACAAGUUCUAUACCUUUUGGUGUCACCAAGUUGUAUCUCGUCUUAUUGUGGACCUAGUUGUUGACAACCCUUUCAAUGGAUAUCCUGCUACGCAUGCCUGUUAUCGGUGGAUCAUGUCAGCUACAAACAAGAAGCAGCAAUGA